AUGGCUUUCUCCAAACUAAGUCGAAAGCUUGAGCUCCCUCAAACCCACCGCAAUGGAACAGGUCCUAGCAUGAGCCCGAACCUAACCGAACUGCCAACAACAAUAUUGGAGACAUUCAUUCCAGGCUAUAGUCUUAUCUCCGGCUUCAUCUUGGAUGUAUUCGGUUUUGAUGUCAGCAUUCUAGUAUCUGCUGCCGUAAUCAUCUUCGCUACAGUCCAUGUAGGAACUUAUAUCUGGCAGAGAGUGUAUUCCUGGUUCAGACAGUACCUUAUGUCCAAUAUCUACAUCGAUGAUGGAGACGACUUGUUUGAUAGUAUUCUCUCGUGGAUUGGUGAACAACAGAUGGCGAAAAAGUCCCGCUCCAUCAAGGCAGUGACCCGCUAUAGUCAAAUUUCUAACGAGGACGAAGCUGACGAAAAUGCCGCCCUCGACGAACAUGGCAUAUUCCACUACGGCAAAUAUGCAGCCCGCCAGCCACCUCGAUAUGAGCCCUAUUUCGGGGUGCACAGAUUCUGGCAUAAGGGUAGCCUAUACAUCUUCGAUAGAAGUCGCCGCGAGGUUCAGUCAAAUCCAUGGACAGGACGAGGCUCAGACGAGGAAUUGAUAAAGCUAUCGUGUAUUGGGCGAUCGACCAAUCCACUCCGGCUUCUGCUAAGUGAUAUCAAAGCCCGGUCCUUGCAGAAACAGGAGUCGCUAACAAACAUUCGACGACCCGCACCGAAAGACAUGUCUCGACGAUCUGGCGCUUGGGAUCGUGUUAGUUCCAGGCCUUCUCGUCCCAUGGAGACUGUUUCACUCGAUAAGGAGCAGAAAGCCAGAAUCGUCGCUGACAUCAACGAGUAUUUACAUCCCGCAAGCCCUCGCUGGUACGCUUCACGAGGAAUACCAUGGCGUCGUGGUUACCUCUUCCACGGCCCACCAGGAACCGGAAAAUCAUCGCUAUCGUUUGCACUUGCCGGACUCUUUGGCCUAGAUAUCUACGUCAUCUCUCUUCUCGAGCCAACUCUCACCGAAGGCGAUCUCAAUCGUCUCUUCAGCAACCUGCCUCGCCGUUGCAUCGUCCUUCUGGAAGAUAUUGACACUGCAGGACUUCUCCGGGAUGAGAAGAGCGACAAGGACGAAGAUACGUCAAGAACAGCAUCCGACGACGACGCCCAGCUUACAGCCAAAGACCUUGCUAAGGCACUGAAGACUGCCUCGCGUAAGGGUGGCAAGACGGAUGAUGCCAAGCAGGGCAUCUCGUUAUCUGGACUCUUGAACGCUAUUGACGGUGUGGCAUCACAUGAAGGGCGUGUGUUGGUGAUGACUACCAACCAUCCAGAAAAGCUAGACGAAGCGUUGAUACGUCCAGGAAGAGUUGACCUACAGGUGCAAUUUAGCUUGGCGACGCAUGAACAAAUGCGAGAUAUCUUCGUAAGAAUGUACUCUAUUGAAUUUGAUGGUACGGACGCCUCGAUGAGGAGUUUAAGGGAGCAUCAUGACCAGGGGCAAAGGAUGCAACUGAAAGACCACCGGACCAGCUCAAACAGUGACAUCGAUGACGGCCUGACAGAUGAGCCUGGUGCGACUACGGCCCAUACUGGUGAGAAAACAUCGUCAGACCGUCUCGUCAAUGGCGUCCUUAAAGUCAGGCCCAGCAAUGUUGCCUCGCCUUUGAGUGCAAUCGCCAAGAUCAAUGGGGUCAUAAAACCAAAUAUUGCUGUUAGCAAAAGUCCUACGUCCCCAAUAACUCCAUUCCUCGCCAGAACAGAGACGGAACAGCUGUCUCCGGCGCAACUUCGAGUCAUGGGCGAUGCAUUUGCAGCCAAGCUACCCGAGGACACCUUCUCACCGGCGGAGGUUCAGGGGUUCCUUUUGAUCCGUAAGAAGGAGCCGCGAAGGGCCCUGGAAGAGGUAGAUGAUUGGCGGACUGGAAUGAUGAAAGCAAAGGAGAAAAAGAGCAAAGUCGUUGCAGUACAGUAA